AUGGUGAGCAGCAAGACUUCCCGUGGAAAGUUGGACUCCAUGCUGGUCUUUGAUGCAGAUAAAACUCUGUGCGCAGCGGAUACAGGCAAUCUCUUCUGGCAUUUGGACUACCCUGAGUCUGCCUGUGCUGAGUGUGACAUUGACACCCCGCUCGAGGAGCUGUUCAGCAGUGAAAUGGGGUAUUCUUACAAGGCCUUUCGGCAAGCCAUGCUACGCUAUGAGGAUAUGGAGUACAAGUUCGAAGUCUUGUGCGAUGGCGUUGCAUCUAGAGUAUUCAUUUACCCUGAAUUUCUUACCUUGCUCCACGCUGCAGAGAAGAAGAGCAACGUGGGUGUUGUCGUUGUCACUUGUGGCAUCCGUCGAGUGUGGGAAAAAAAUUUGGCCAGAGAGGGUCUCUGCGAUGUCACGAUCAUUGGCGGCGGUCGAAUCGCAGACGGCUACGUCGUCACUCCUGAGGUCAAAGCAGCUGUCGUCUCCCGCCUGCAGGAUCACCACAACCUCUAUGUCUACGCUUUCGGAGACAGCCCGAUGGACUUGCCCAUGCUCAAAGCUGCUGACGAAGCAAUCGUUGUGGUCGGAGACGAGCGGCUCAGGAGCAAGAGCAUGGACGAAGCACUACUGAAGGUCAUCGCGGAGGACGGUCUUCGAGCAAAGCAAAUGCUGAUGCCCAGAACUUCUGGGAUGCGUCUUUCCAGCAGCUUGCUCCCGGUGUUGCAGCUUGAUGCGCAACAGAUUGUUACCGAAUUCACCAAGAUUCCUCGGCAUCUCCGCAUCUUCCACGCCACUGACAAGGCUGCAGCUAAGUUGCUCAUGACGCCAACCCGUGACGCCUCCGUUGCCGGUCCCAGCCUUCGCGCGGCCCAUCAUGAGGUCGGUCGCUACCUAUCUAUCGAAUAUCUUGCGAAUGCUCUUGGUGUCGAAGAAUACCCCAUACCUCAUGUCCAGGGCCACACGACUGCGGGCCACAGACUCCUCGGCGAAGAAUCGACGGCGAUCAUUGCUUUGAUGCGGGGUGGUGAGCCGAUGGCUUUAGGCGUCAGCGAGGUUUUCGCGAGGGCCAUGUUCCUCCAUGCUAAGCAGCCAGAGGACAUCCAUGAGAAUGCCCUGGCGGGCAAGAAGACUGUGAUACUGGUGGACUCGGUGGUUAACAGUGGAAAGUCAAUCGAAGGUUUCGUCCGCCAUCUGCAAGCAUUGGAUGCCACCAUUCGUAUUGUCGUGAUAGCUGGAGUGGUACAAAAGGAGGCUCUUGCCAAUGUCAUGAAGCCGCUUGGUAAGACUGCUGAUCUGAGUCUCGUUGCGUUGCGGCUUUCGGAGAACAAGUACGUUGGGCAAGGAGGCACUGAUACUGGUAAUCGGCUUUUCAACACCAUGCACAUCUUGUGA